GUGACUUCCGGUUUUUCUUAGACAACGUUGCAGAAACUGUUUGGAAACAAUAACUAACAAGGGAAGAAAUGAUCCAUAUAAUUAAAACUUUAGCACAUAAUAAAGCAAGUGGCCGGAUGAAAUAAGUCACAAAUUAUUAAAAAGUAUUGCCCAAUCAUUUUGCUGUUUAUGCUAUAAAAUAUGUUUUCAAUCAAUGAUACUGCAUCUUUAAUCAUGUACCGUAUUUCCUCUAAUAAGUACCCGGGCGAUUAUUCAUUUCAAAACGGUCGCAGACCCGACGCUUAUUGGAGACACUGCCUUUAUUUUUUUGAGACAGGAAGUGAUAAAAAGGGACCCGGCCAGUUUAAUAAGUCUUUUUGUUUGUUUUUUUGUUUGUUUUUUUGUUGUUGUUGUUGUUGUUGUUGCUUUUGUUUUUGUUUGGAUUUUUGUUUUUUUUGUUUGUUUGGUGGGGGGUUUUUUUCUUUUUUUUGGGGGGGGGGGGGGGGAGUUGGGCUUUUUUUUUUCUUUUUUUUAUUAUAUCAGGGAGUAAUCAGUUUUCGGCUGUCUUACCCGGCCUUUAUUGAUUGGAGGCCCGGCGUUUAUUAGAGGCCCGGCGUUUAUUUUGUUGCAAAGAGUUACAGACCCGGCGCUUAUUGCAGGCCGGCGCUUAUUUGAGGCCCAGCGUUUAUUAGAAGAAAUGUGGUAUAUGUGUAUUUCGUCAGUUUUUCAUCUCUUCUGUACAGGAUAAAAGUUAAACAUGAGCCGACAACAAGGAACCCGUCAAGUGACACUUACUUCCAGAGAUGAUCGAGGACCCACAGGAAGAGACAUGGAAGAUUUGAAAAUAACUAUUUCCGAUUCUGGUAGCGACGGUGCUACCAAGAAUGUUUCUCCAGGACAAGCUGAUGAUCAUACUGUGAAACCGCCAACCGACCAGUGGACAACUGUAACGGGUAGAAAGGGGAAAAACAAAAACACACCACGAAAGCAAUCACAUAAUCGAGGUGGCAGUAAUCAUUCUGGUUUUCUUAGGCAUCAACAGCAACCAAAACAUCAGAACCACCACCAACAACAAAAACGGCAACAGCAUCCUCCACAGGAUCCGCAACAUCAAAUAGAACAGCAACAACAGCAACAGCAAAAGGAACCAGUUCAUUACGACAUUGCAGACGUCAUGGGUGGAUGUCAGAGCCGCAGGAGCAAAGCUGAUUUGAAAAUCACUCCUCCGAUCAAAAUAAAAGAAUACACCACAAACUCUGGGUUAAAUAUCAUUUGCUAUACUGGCGACGUCACCGCAGCUGGCGCUGAAGGAAUUGUAACUGCAGAGGGUUGUGGCAUGACCAACCCCAGUAUGGUGACACAAUCGCUGUUAAAAGUGGCUGACAUUGAUUAUGGUAACUUAAAAACUGCUGUAAUUCGUAAAUUUGGUACAGUUGAUCUAAAGGUUGGAGAAGUCUAUUGCCUACAAACACUUGAAUACGGGAUUAAACUACAAUUCAAAUCAAUAUUUCUGGCUAUAGUUCUGCCAUUUGAGAAAGAUUCUGAUGAGUAUUCCUGGAAAAGGCGCACGGUACAUCUGUACUAUAAACUUUUAAAUGAAGCUGACAAGAACGGUUUAAAAUCACUUGCCAUUCCUCUUUUGGGAUCAGGAAAGGCUGGAGCUCCAAUGGAACUUGCUAUAGAGGCUUUAGUAACAGCGUUGGGUGCGUACCAAACCAAAAGUCUCAGUGAUAUCAUGUUGGUCAGUUUCAACGAAAAGAAUCUCAGCAAGAUCAUAAAGCAGUGGGACGAGUAUUCUGCUAAACAGUCUCGGUGUUUUGAUUUGAAGAAAGUUAGAAAGACGCAGUCGGUUGAGUCUGUGGAAAGAUCAAAACCACCGCCAGAGGUCUUUAAAAUUAAUCCAGUCUUUGAGGGCAAUGUCAGUGGGUAUAAUGGUGAUGCCAACCAAUCGGCGCAGUCGCAGGAUCCUCGCCAUCUUGCUAGUGACCAUGGAAACAAGAGGUCGUCAGAUAACAUUGGUCAUGGACUCAACAGAGCAUAUGAGGAUAAUUUAGUCGGGUCUCACGAUCAAGGACAAACAGAAAUAUUCAAUUAUGAAGAUCAGGCUAAUAGCAUUUCUAACGAAUCAUACAUUGAUGGACAGGAUCUGCCCAAACCACAUCCAGACGUUCGUUCAAGAGGAUCCUGGUCCUCUGCCGACUAUGAUAAUAUGAACAACUACGAAUCACGCCCCGAUUUCACAGCCAGCCACGAAGAUAGUCCAAUGCAUUCAAUAGAAAUCAUUUCUCCACCCCGAUCUGACAACAAUGACUGGGAACAAUCACAGUCUGGUAGCGACGGUGCUACCAAGAAAGAUUCUUCAGGACAAGCUGAUGAUCAUACCGUGAAACCGUCAACCGUCCAGUGGAAAACUGUAACGUGUAAAAAGGGGAAACACAAAACCACACCCCAACAGCAAUCACAUAAUCGAGGUGGCAGAAAUCAUUCUGGUUUUCGUAGGCAUCAACAGUGGUAUCUACCACCAAAACAUCAGAACCUUCACCAAAAACAAAAACAGCAACAGCAUCCUCCACAGGAUCCGCAACAUCAAGUAGAACAGCAACAACAUCAGCAGCAGCAACAACAGCAACCAAAACAUCAGAACCUUCACCAAAAACGAAAACAGCAACAGCAUCCUCCACAGGAUCCGCAACAUCAAGUAGAACAGCAACAACAUCAGCAGCAGCAACAACAGCAACCAAAACAUCAGAACCUUCACCAAAAACAAAAACAGCAACAGCAUCCUCCACAGGAUCCGCAACAUCAAGUAGAACAGCAACAACAUCAGCAGCAGCAACAACAGCAACCAAAACAUCAGAACCUUCACCAAAAACAAAAACAGCAACAGCAUCCUCCACAGGAUCCGCAACAUCAAGUAGAACAGCAACAACAUCAGCAGCAGCAACAACUGCAACCAAAACAUCAGAACCUUCACCAAAAACAAAAACAGCAACAGCAUCCUCCACAGGAUCCGCAACAUCAAGUAGAACCGCAACAACAUCAGCAGCAGCAGCAACAGCAACAAGAACCAGUUCAUUACAACAGUGCAGACGUCAUGGGUGGAUAUCGGAAGCACAGGAGCAAAGCUCAUUUGAAAAUCCCUUCUUCGAUCAAAAUAGAAGAAUACACCACAAACUCUGGGUUAAAUAUCAUUUGCUAUACUGGCGACGUCACCGCAGCUGACGCUGAAGGAAUUGUAACUGCAGAGGGUUGUGGCAUGAACAACCCCAGUAUGGUGACACAAUCGCUGUUAAAAAUGGCUGGCAUUGAUUAUGGUAACUUAGCCACUGUUGUAAUUAAUAAAUAUGGUACAGUUGAUCUAAAGGUUGGAGAGGUCUAUUGUCUACACACACGUGAAUACGGGAUUAAACUACAAUUCAAAUCAAUAUUUUUGGCUAUAGUUCUGCCAUUUGAGGACACUCGUAAUAAGAAUUACUGGAAAAGCCACACGGUACAUCUGUACUUCAAACUUUUAAGUGAAGCUGAUAAGAACGGUUUAAAAUCACUUGCCAUUCCUCUGUUGGGAUCAGGAAAGGCUGGAGCUCCAAUGGAACUUGCUAUAGAGGCUUUAGUAACAUAUAUAAAUUGAACAUAAAAGCAAAUUAAUAUACUAAGGAACAAAAACAAAACACCCCACCCCACUCCUGAAUAUAAAUACGUCGUGUGUAAUCCCUAUGGUUUAGACUAUCACAAAUAUUAACAAAAGUAGAAUCUCUGCAAAGGCGUACAGCUAGGCUGUCGGAGAAAAACCUUGGGGUGAAAGAGACGACCUGCUGCUGACUGUGGAGUUCAUGGAGGCGGUAAAACUCACGGUUUGAAUGAACGCAGAAGAAGAAGAAAAAGAAGAAGAAUCAUAUUACCAUUACUGGCAAACAGCUAUAUAGGG